AGCGUGGACUUCCCCGUGUGUGUGCCACACACACGGGUAUCCGGUGGCAAGCCCAGAAUUAGGUCUGUGGAAGCAGAAGUGGUUGGCGAGACCACUUUCAGAAGAGAACUUCCCUUGUGGGGCUUGAGCCUUGGUCCUGUGCCUCCAGGGUCUGGACGCCACCUGGUACCCCCCAGCACCCUCUCCGGCCCCACACACCAGGAUUGAGGGACACACUCCAAAGCCAUAUCUCAGCCAGAGCCGUGACGUGGACUGCCUCAGCAGGUAGUGAGCACCCCAUCUCUGGGAGCAACCAAGCAGGGCCACCAUGGAGGAGAGUCGAUACUCAGGGUUCUCGGAGUCUCCCAGGAAGCGAUGCUGUGGCCGGGAGACACAGUUGGCGCUGAUGGGCCUGGUGACUGCCGCGCUGUGGGCUGGGCUGCUGACCCUACUGCUCUUGUGGCACUGGGACACCCUAAGGGAUAUGAAACAGCUGGAAGAGGCCGCUGCCCGGAACGUCUCUCAGGUUUCCAAGGAUCUGCAAAGAUACCAGGGUGACCAGAUGGCCCAGAAAUCCCAGGCCUCUGAGAUGUGGCAGAUGCUGCAGGAGCUUCGAUCCAACCAGAAGACAAGAACUCAGGACUCUGGGCUCUCCUGGGACCUGGACAGACUCCGAGAGGAUCUGAGCAACUUCAAGUCCCAGAGCUUGAACGAGAGGCGCACCGCCUCCGAUUUGCUGGAGCGACUGCAGGAAGAGGUGGCAAAGCUAUGGAUGGAGAUCCUGGUGUCUAACGGCUCCUCGUGCAACACGUGCCCGGAGAACUGGGUCCAUUUCCAGCGCAAGUGCUACUACUUCGGUGAGGGCUCCAAGCAGUGGAUCCACGCCCGGUACGCCUGUGACAACCUGCAAGGGCGGCUGGUCAGCAUCCACAGCCAGGAGGAGCAGGACUUUCUGGCCAAACACGUCAGCAAGAGGGGCUCCUGGAUUGGCCUUCGGGACCUGGACAUAGAGGGGGAGUUUAUCUGGGUAGACGGGAGCCGGAUGGACUACAGGAGCAUCCCCGCCCACCCAGCACGACACCUGCCUCCCACACCGGAGGGCCUGGGUUCAAGUCCACGCUCCGCUCCUGACUCCGGCUCCCUGCCAAUGCGCACCUGGGAGGCAGCAGUGACGGCUCCAGUACUGGGGUCCCUGCCAGCCACGCGGGAGACCCGGAGGGAGUUCUGGGCUUCUGACUUCAGCCUGACCCGGCCCUGGCUGUUGGGGACAUUUAGGAAGUGAACCAGCAGAUGGAAGCCUUUCAAAUACAAUAAAAUGGAAUACUUCUGUCCCCUGUGAGAGGCCCGGCUGCACCGGCUCACUUCCCUCCCCUCCUCCUCCCGCCACUGCUCAUCCUGGGGCACUUGUCUCUGCCUCUCCCUCAUCCCUGCCUGUAAACCUUCUAGAAGUUUCCUUCUGACUUGAGAAAAAAGCCAAAGCUCUACAGGACCCCUUGAAGCUGGUAGGAUCCCAGCUACCCACCCCCCACUCCAGGGUCCUCACUGUCCCUUUAACACAGACUGAGCCCACCUCGGGGCCUCUGCACGUGCCGUUCCCCAAGUCUCUGCUGCCCACGAGGCCUGUCCCGAGCACCCCUUCCCCCACCUAAAAUGACACCCCAACUCCAUGCCCCCUGCUGUACUUUCUCCCCAUGUCCUACUCCGCAAAAUA